GUUAUUCUGCUUAGAAACUCAUCAAUUUUGUUAUCAUGGAUAUUCAAUAAUUCGCAUAAUUCUAAAUAUUUAUCUAAGCAUUUUUACCCAGAGAUAAUAAUUUUAAAUUAAUAGAUUAAUUAAGAUAGACUUAAUAUCAAUACUCAAGUUUACAGUUACAGUGAAUUAGUAGUAAGUAGUUAUUAUAAAAAUGAAAGUAAUUGUGUCUAUCAUCUUCUUAAUAGCAGCACUAGCAGUAGAUGCUACUCCGCACAAUCCUGUCGGAAUCACAGGAGGAACCAAUGCUAAUUUUGGGGAGUUUCCCUUCAUAGUUUCUCUACAGACAGAAGGAUGCCAUAGAGCUAAUGCAAGCGCUACUAUACACACGUGCUCAGGAACCAUCAUCAGCCCGAAUUACAUUUUGACAGCUGCUCAUUGUGUGAACAAACAAAAUGGAUCAAUGAAAGUUCUUAAAAUUGUAGCUGGACUAGUAGAUAUUGAAGGAGGCGAUGAAACGUAUAGACAAGACGUAGGUAUUGAAAGUAUAGUUAUCCAUCCGGACUACGAAACAACAUAUGAGCAAUUCGGAUAUAUGGCCCCCAGCGACUUGGCAAUAGUAAAAUUAAAUCAGUCUCUCACGUUUAAUGAAGUUGUAGGCUCUAUUUCUUUACCAGAGGAGGAUGCACAACUUGAUGAUAAUGCAGAUGUGCAAUUUGUUGGAUGGGGCGAUCAUGUAUGUUGGACAGAAAAACCAACAAGAUUGCAAACUACCAAAUAUAACAUUAUUAAUUAUGAAACUUGUUAUUUAGCCUGUUUAGCAUUAUUCUACGAUAACGAUAAACUCGUGACGGUGGAUGAAGAUUUGUCUUUAUGUACUGGUCCAUUAAACAAUGGUACAAGGGUCAAUGUUGCUGGUGAUUCUGGGGGACCGCUAAUCAAAGACGGCCUUGUCUAUGGUCUUCAUUCAUGGAUAUUUGUCUACUAUAAUGCAGCGAUCGAUCAUGAUAUGAAAGGGCCUUCUGGAAUUUUUGUAAAACUUAGCAGUUAUAUUUCGUGGAUUAAAGAAAAUGUUGAUGAUUUAUAAACACGGAAAAAUGUAUUAUCUAUUCAAUCACUUUUGUUAUUAUUUGGGAAUUUUCUAAAAGAUAAUCUUUAUAAAAUAUCUAUUUCCAUUUGUAAAAAGAUGUAAGGAUCUUGUGUAGCACUAUAAAAAAAAGGCUAAAAUAUCAAAUCUUUAAAUUAAUAUUUUUAAAUUUAAGUUUUCCA